AAAACUCUGUGAUAAAACGAUGAUAGUUGAUGAUAGCUGAGACUUUGAUACAGAUAUUUGAGAUACGAGCGCACGUUAGCUAAGACCACCGCGUAAGCCACCGUCUCGUCUUGAAACGCACCGUAUUCAUGACUUCGUCGGAGCCACUCGACCUGGUUGUCACCGUCGUCUCUGCCAAGCACCUGAAGAAUGUCAACUGGCGUAACGGUGACCUGAAACCCUACGUUGUUCUGUAUCUUGACCAAGACCACCCUCUCUCCACCCGCUCCGAUGAUUCCUCCUCCAUCAAACCGGUGUGGAACGAGCGGAUUACUCUUCCUCUCACCCGAUCUGUCCACGAAUCGGUCCUCAACAUCGAGGUUUUUCAUUCCAAUUCUUCGGAUCUGGCGAAAACCCUCGUCGGAUCGGUUAGGUUUCCUCUAGCUCGUUUGAUUGACUCGGACGGGUCAAUGAUUCCGGAAUUGAUCAACUCGCUCGAGCUGGUUCGUCCAUCGGGUCGACCACAGGGGAAGAUUCGUUUGAAGCUCGCGAUCAAAGACAGACCAAUCCCUCCACCGCAGCAUCCUCCGCCACGUCCUCAAUCUCAACCACUAGAUUACUAUUCUGCCCCUCAAGGAAACCAUUAUUACUCCCCUAGCCCUCCUCCUCCUCCUCCUCCUCAAGCACCGAUCACCGCUCCAUCUCCUCAGCGUGACUACAGAGAAUUCUCACAGUCACCGUCUCCGUCUCCUUACGCAUUCACUGAUCACUACUAUUCCGGGUAUUAUUAUCCGCCUCCUCCACCACGUUCAAUGUACGAUCGUGCCUCCAAUUACGGCCUCCCAAGUGGCCCAUCUGCUCCCGUUGAUGCCUUCUCAUCGAUUGAUCACAAGCAGCCUCCUUUAGCUCCUCCUCGGUUUUCUAACUACGGUCCACCGCCUAGUGGGCCCUCAGCACCCGUUGAUGCCUUUCUGGUUACCGAGUACAAGCCACAAGCUCCACCUAUGGGCUCGCGAUUGUCUAGCUACGGAGUGCCUAAUGGUCCAUCGGCACCAGUCGAUUACUCUCCUUAUGAUCACAGGCAGUUGCAGAAGACGAUGGGUGGAUUGAGCUUAGAGGAAGAGAGAGCUGCUGCAGAGAGGUCUGAGAGUGAUUUCGGAGCUAGGCCAAACUACAGCUAUGGCCGUGAUUAUCGCCGUGAAUGUUGAGGAUGGCAAAAAGUUGUUGAAUUUCACAAGUGUGCGGCGUUUCUAAGGCUUUACUUAUCAUCAGAUUUGUUGGUGUUAGAACACCAGGAAAUGGCUGAUGACAAAAUAUGAAUUUGGUGAAGUAUAUGUUAUGUCUAUAUGUAUGUCUCGUUUGUGAAUUGAUUUGUUGCUUCUUUCUAGCUGAUAUUCGGUGUUACCCCUUCUGUACCUUUGUACAUGUUUCUAAAACAUCUCUCAUUUCUUUCCUUCAUUCAGUUUCUUGAAUCAAGCUAUUGGGUUCUUAGGGUUAAUGUUCUAAUGUGAAUCACUUUACUGUUGAUUUAUUGUUUGAACCAUGCUCUGAUUAGGUAUGGUAGUAUGCUCUGUCUCAGACAUGAACAGUCCUAUAUCCUGCGAUUCUGCCGAAUAUUUUUGCAGGCUGGUUAAAGACUUUGGUUCUUAUUUCAUGUUUGAUGAUACCAAUGUGUGAUUUUCGUUUGGAACCAGUGAUCUCCAUAUUCAUUGAGCGUUUGGAUUAAUGUGUCUUGAAUCAUGCUCAUCACAGUGCAGAAAAGAUGUUCUCUCUGAUCGUUUUGGGUAAAAUGGUAUGUACACGGUUGGUGCUAAGUCUAUUGUGCUCUUGUUAUAACGAUGAGACAGAGCAGUUUUGCUAUUGCAUUCUUU